CAGAGGGUACCCCCGGAGCCACAUCGCAUCCGAGCCGUCUUGCGUGCCGCAUCGCAUUUCUUGUGGCAUUUGCGUCACGAACCACCGUCUACCAAGCACCGGUUGCGCGAUAGGGUCGACAUAGCAUUCCAUAAAGUGGAGAAGGGGAACGAGCUGGACAGUAGCUUGCGCAAGAUGUGGAAGCCGUCCAGUGGCAAUCUGAUCGUGUCGGGCGCAGUUCAAGUCGCUGCCGAUAACGAGACCGCAUAUGGAAUGACGUUGCGCAACAACUGGGAAGCUGCCCUGCAUGUUUGGAUCUUCUAUUUUGAUUGCAGUGACCUAUCUAUCGUGGAGUACUACAAGCCACCAGACUCGGGCCCGGGGGGACGUGGCGAGGCCACGCUGCUAGCGGGAAAGCAGCUGCCGAUAGGGUAUGGGUCGGGCGGUGCACGACCUUUCAAGUACCAUCUUGAAGGAGCACAUUCAACUAUGCUGGACCAGGACGUCGGCUUCAUCAAGAUAUAUGUUUCGAACGGGAAGUUCGACCUCAAAGAGAUUACCCAGCUGUCACCGUUCCAAGCCCUGGACCCUCGUAUCACCGGAUUUGUGGAUGAUGACACCGAGAUCUUGUGGGAUGCCGUUCUUAUUCCAGUCGUACAGGUUCGACCUCAAGCCGAUGGCACCGGGCGUACGUAG